AUUUUAACUUAUUAUAGUCCUUGAAAAGCAAGUAAAGAAAAAGAUAAAGAAAACAAAAUCAAACACGCAUAUGUGACUUCAUGUCUCUCAUAAUCUCUCUGGAUCUGUAAUCUCUCUCUCUCUCUCUCUCUACCCCUCGGACUAAAGUACGCAGUGGGCUUCUAUUCCUAUCACACCUUUCUGUACUCGGCGCACGCUAACAACCCUGCCGCCUUCUAUCUUACGCCGUUCCGAGGGGAGAUACAGAGUGACAAGUGCUUAGGGUUGGGGCUUUAAUGCGUUGUCGUGGUCUAGGAGCUCCUCGAUUUCCAUUUCGGGUGUCGGUUUUGGUUUCGAUAUGGCCAAUCAUGGCUCCAAGUUUGUUUCAGUGAAUCUGAACAAGUCUUACGGGCAACAGCAUCAGCCUUCCCACCACGCUCAUUACCCACAUUUCAAUGGGGGCGGCAGCUCUUAUGGGUCUGCUGGAGCUGGACGGGGCAGGCCUGGAAGUGGAGGUGCAGGUGGCAUGCUGGUUUUAUCUCGGGCUCGUGGUGCCGCACCCAAGGUUGUUCCUAAAUUAUCGGUCCCACCCCCCUUGAACUUGCCGUCCCUGAGGAAAGAACAUGAGAAAUUCGAUGUUUCGGGCUCGGGAGGGCCUGGUGCGGGAUCUGGGACUGGGAGUGGGUCGAGACCUACUUCAUCUGGUAUGGGCUGGACAAAGCCUGCUUCAUCGGCUGCUGCAUUGCCUGAGAAGAAUGAGAUUUCUGCUGAACUUUCUGGGCUUGAUGUAGUAGCUGAUGGUCGGGCCAUUGGUUCUUACAUGCCGCCUUCUGCUCGUUCUACUGGGGCGGUUGCCUUGGCUCCCUCGAAUGCGGUUCGGGAUGUUCCUCCAGUUGUCGACAAAGCUGUUCUGUUGAGAGGCGAGGAUUUUCCUUCUCUGCAGGCGGCGAGGCCCGUAUCAUCUGGAACAUCACAAAGACAGAAGGAUGGCUCGAAUCAGAAGCAAAAACAGGCUGCACGUGAAGAAGUGGGCCAGGAUAAGGAAGGCGGAUAUCAUUUGGGUCCAUUGGCUGAUAUGGGUCGAUCUCCUAGUGAUACAAUUGGGAACCGGCUAGUGGAAAAUGGUCGCAAAGACCAAGGAGCUGGAAACGGGCGAAUGAAUGAUCAGACCAGGAAGAAGGAAGAAUAUUUUCCCGACCCGCUCCCGCUGGUUCGCAUGAACACGAGGUCUGAUUGGGCGGAUGACGAGCGUGACACGGGCCAUGGAUUUGUUGACAAGGGAAGGGAUAUUGGGUACUCAAACAGCGAAAGUUAUUGGGACAGAGAUUUUGACUUGCCCAGGCCUAGUAUUUUGCCUCACAAACCAGCUGUGCAGAAUCAAUUUGACAGGUGGAAUCAAUGGGACAAUGAAACUGGGAGGAAAUUUCCUGGUGAAGUCCCUAAGGUGGAUACGUACAGCAAAGACGCCGGAGUUCCCAGUCGGGAAGGUAAGGAAGUCAACAAGUGGAGAAACUCGCCGCCGUCCAAAGACAGCUUUAGCGCCCAAGAGUCAGGUAGUUAUAGAGCUGAUGCUGGUGCAAUAAUGGCUGGAAAUAAUAACUCUAUGAAAGAGAAUAAAUAUGUCCCGCCUCAUUAUGGAGAUACCAGUAGAGAUGGGGGGAUGGUGCACGGUAAGGAUUCUCCCGCAUUUGGGAGGAGGGAGCUGGGACCUGUGGGGCAACAGCAUCAGCAGAGAAAUAAUACGAUGGAAUCAUUUAAUAACCGUGGGCCAGGCCAUAACUCCCGCAAUGUCUCUGAACCUCCUAAUAGAUACAGAGGCAAUACUUUCCAGAGUAACAACCUAUACAGAACUUCAUUUGCCUCAAGUGGGAAAAUGCCACACGUGGCUGACCCGUUGCUGAAUAUGGGCCGCAGCAAGCGUUUUCAGAACAGCGAAAGGUCCGAGGACUCUUUCUCGAGGGACUAUGGCUCCUCGGGUUUUGAGGAGAGGGAUCUCUUUUCUGAGGGGCUUGUUGCUGGGGUGAUCAGAAGGAAGAAAGAUACCUCCAAACUGACCGAUUUUCAUGAUCCAGUACGGGAAUCUUUUGAAGCUGAGCUCGAGAGAGUCCAGAAGAUGCAGGAGCUUGAGCGACAGAGGAUUAUUGAAGAGCAAGAACGGGCUAUGGAGCAGGCCCGAAGAGAAGAGGAGGAGAGACAGAGAAGGAUUAGGGAAGAAGAGGAAAGAAGGAGGAAAAUGGAGGAGGAAGCCCGUGAAGCUGCAUGGAGAACUGAACAGGAGCGACUUGAGGCCAUAAGAAAAGCUGAGGAGCAAAGAAUUGCGAGGGAAGAGGAAAAGAGAAGGAUACAAUUUGAAGAAGAGAGGAGGAAACAAGCUGCCAAACAGAAGCUCGAGGAGUUGGAAGCUAGGAUGGCCAAGAGGCAGGCUGAGACUUCAAAAACUGAUGCUGUUGUGUCCAAGAUGAUUGUGGAUGAGAAACUGGAAUCAGAGGUGAAGGAAAGGCAUGUUUCCAGGAACCUUGAUAUGGAUACAUGGGAAGAUAGUGAGAGAAUGGUGGAGAAUGUGGUGGCAUCUGGUUCGUUCGAUUUGUCUAGUCACAGCAUGCUUGCUGAGGUGAGCUCGAGGCCUUUUCCACCUCUAGAAGGUUCUUCAAACUUCGCUGACAGAGGAGAAGCAAAUAAUUCUUUUAAAAGGGACGGGGAAUUAGAAAAUAGAGGUGGAUUCCCAGGACCACUAUUGGACCAGGAUACCAUACAUUACAGCCCAAGACGCGAUGCAUUUGGUGGUGGCAGAGGAAUUCCUCGGAAAGAGUUCUAUGGUGGAGCUGGAUACAUGGCUUCUAGGGGAUAUCUGAAAGCAGGAAUGCCUGAGCCCUACAUGGAAGAGUUUGGAUAUCAUAAAGAUCAUAGGUGGAACCCUUCUCCGGGGAAUGCCGACAGGUACGGUAAAUUUAGCGAGAUGGAACCAGAAUUUCAUGAUAGUUUCGGGGAAAGAUAUGGUGAUGGUGGCUGGGGGCAGGGACGCCAUGGGGUCAAUUCCCGCCCUCCUUACCCAGAACGUUUGUAUCCACAUCUUGAGUCAAAUGAUCUUUAUAACUAUGGGAGAUCCAGGUAUUCUGUGAGGCAGCCACGUGUCCUUCCGCCUCCUUCUCUUGUUCCAUCUCAAAGGCCUAAUACGAGGGUUACUGACCAACUUGCUGGGCCUCCGUCAUUUCUCGAUGACCGCAUUCAUUAUCCGCGUGCCGCAGGAACUGAACCUACAGCUUAUUAUGACGAUAAUCAAGGAGGUCUUGAGCCAUCUGACUUAUUUGGGAUGCAGCAGGAAAAUAGUACUUCGGAGGACCAGAACUUGAAUAAUGCAUCGAGGUGCGACUCGCAGUCAUCCCUAUCUGUUUCCAGCCCGCCAACUUCUCCCCCUCAUUUCUCUCAUGAUGAGCUGGAAGAAUCUGGGGACUCUCGAGCAGGAUCAUCUCUAGCGAAAGGGAAAGGAAGUUUGUUGGCUGGAACUCGACCUGUUGCCCCUGAUGGUAAUUCGAGAAAUGGUACAAGGCUGAUUGUUUCGGAUAAUGUUUCUGUCGUUGAAGAUGAAGAAUGGACCGUCGAAAAUCAGAACACUUUACAGCAGCAAGAAGAAUAUGAUGAGGAUGAAGAUGGUUACAGAGAGGAGGAUGAAGUCCGUGACAAGGAUGAUGAAAAUCUCAAUCUGGUCCAAAACUUUGAAAGGCUGGAACUCGACGAAUGCGAGUCACCUCAUGCAAUGGAAAAUGUGGUUUUAGGUUUUGACGAGGGUGUUGAAGUUGUAAUACCAAGCGAUGAUUUUGAGAAAACUAUACACACUCAGGAAAAGGGAUCGUUUGAGGUUACCGAGAAUGCUGUUGAUAUCACGAAUAAAAGUGGCAUCGUUGAUGGGUUUCCUUCAGAUCCACCUAGUUAUCUGCCCUCAGAUGAUUCACUUGGAAUUAAUACUGAUAGCGCUACAAAUGUACCAGAAGAAGUGGCAUCUCAGAGCUGUAUUGGUCAACGUGUUACAACUGCUGCUUUAUCUGAUGGUACUGGUUUAGCUGCUUUGCAGACAAAUUCAUCAACUGCUGCUGCUAGUCAGCCUAGUGAUACUGUGCCAUCUUUAUCUUCUUCAGGAAGUCAGGCUGAUUUACCUGUCAAGCUUCAAUUUGGGCUAUUUUCUGGUCCAUCCUUGAUACCAUCUCCAGUGCCUUCUAUACAGAUUGGUUCCAUACAAAUGCCUCUGCAUAUCCAUCCUCCUGUUGGCCAAUCCAUGACUACUCAUAUGCAUCCAUCUCAGCCUCCCAUGUUCCAAUUUGGUCAGCUUCGUUAUACAUCUCCCAUCUCCCAGGGGAUUUUACCGAUGGCCCCUCAAUCCAUAUCUUUUCUUCAACCUGACAUGAUGGGCCAUUUUAACUUGAACCAAAAUGCCGGAGGCUCUGUGGCUAACGAACCUUCUAAUAAGAAUGCAGCCAAGAGUGAGGUGUCAAAUCUUCCAAUAAACAAUCAGCCAAGUUUUAUUUCUUCAUCAACUGAGCAAUCUGGUGAAGUUCUGAAUGCAUUUUCGAAUACAACAGAUGUGGAUGAGGAGAAUUCUGAAAAAACUAAGUUGGCAUCUGGCUCACUAGCAGAAGAGAAAAGACAGAAUUCUGCGGGUUCGAAGAGUUACUCAUCAUCAUCAAAUGCAAAGGCAUCUGAACUUGAUUCACAGCAUUCACAAUCAACAAUGCAGUCCGUCAUUGUAGGCAAUAGAAAUUAUGGCGGGCCUAGAGGUUUGGGUCCAUUAUCUGGUGGAAGGGGGAGAAGAUUUACCUACGCAGUGAAAAAUACAUACACGAGAGUAUCUGUCCAGGAUCAUGGUAUGCCAUCAGAUUCAAAUGGGUUUCAGAGAAGGCCACGACGAACUGUCCAACGGACUGAGUUUCGGGUUCGCGAGAAUAAUGACCGGAGGCUGCCACCUGUAUCUUCUAAUAAUGUGGGCUUCAAUGAUAAUAAGUCUAAUUACAACGGAAAGACUGUUGGAGUGUUUGCUAGAAGUGGGUCCAAGAGAGGUACUGUUUCUAAUAGAACCAUGAAGCCAAGGAUUGAAUCAGAGUCUUCGGUCUCUGGGAGUGUAACUUCUCAGGAGGUUGCUGGAGACAGGGAAGCAAAAGAGAUGGCAAAAGAUAAGGGUCAGGAUGCCUUGCACCCCGGUGAAGCAAAUUUGAAGAGAACUGCAUCUGAGAAUGUGGAUGCCCCCUUACAGAGUGGUGUCAUUUGCGUGUUUAAGCAACCUGGUAUAGAAGCUCCUAGUGAUGAAGAUGAUUUCAUUGAAGUCCGAUCAAAAAGGCAGAUGCUAAAUGAUCGACGGGAACAGAGGGAAAAAGAGAUCAAAGCUAAAUCAAGGACCCCUAAGCCACCACGUAAACCAAACCCUUCUAGACCAAAUGAUGUAGUCUUGAGAAGUCAUAAUAAACUGCCGAUACCACUGGGGAAUGAAGAGGCCCAGAGUUCUCAAUUGGAAUUUACUUCAUCCGUCAGCCCUCACUUGGCGGACAAUGAAUCAACUGGGUAUACAACUGCAGCUUCACAGCUUCCAGCUGGAACUCCUCCAUUUAAUUCUGACGCUCAGGCUAGCAAGUCUGACCAAGCAGGUCCAGUACAAGUUGUUUCUGAUAGCAGAACAGAACGUGAGUCUGGAUUGAAUAUCGACAGCAGAAAUAAGGUUAUGUCUUUGAGCCAGUCACAAAUUGAUGAGUCUAUGAAACCUGCUCAGUAUGAUUCACAUGUAUCUACUGUUGGGGGUCAUUCCGGCACAGCUACUGAUCCAAUCCUGCCUACAUCAUCCAGUUUGACAAAGGAAAAAGCAUUUUCUUCUGGUUCUAGCCCAAUCAGUUCCCUACUUGCUGGAGAGAAAAUUCAAUUUGGUGCUGUUACGUCUCCAACAGUCCUCCCCUCUACCACCCGUGUUGCAUCACACGUGAUUGGUGCUCCAGGUUCCAACCGACCGGACGCUCAGAAGUCCCGUGUUUUUCCCAUAACCGAGAAAGACGAUUCUCUUUUCUUUUCAAAAGAGAAGCCCCACUCUGACUCUGUGCAAGAUUGCGAGGCUGAAGCAGAAGCAGCUGCUUCUGCUGUUGCUGUUGCUGCCAUAAGCAGUGACGAGAUAGUCGGGAAUGGCAGUGAUGCCAAAAGUUUGAUUAAUGGCAUUACAACAGGUGCAGUUGGUGAUAAGCAAGUAACAAGCCAAUCGCAAAGUGAGGAUUCAUUGACUGUUUCCCUCCCUGCCGAUCUAUCUGUGGAGACCACACCAAUAUCCUUGUGGCCGCCAUUGCCAAGCCCUCAGAGCUCCUCUGGCCAAAUGCUCUCUCAUUUCCCCACAGGCCCACCUUCCCACUUCCCCUUCUACGAGAUGAAUCCCUUACUCGGUGGACCGAUUUUCGCUUUCAGCCCGCAUGAAGAGUCCUCUGGUAAUCGAUCACAGCCACCAAAGAGUAUGGCGCCAGCCUCAGGACUUCCCCUCGGCAACUGGCAUUCUGGCGUGGAAUCUUUUUACGGGGCGCCAGCUGGAUACCCGGGCCCAUUCAUCGGCCCACAUGGAGGAAUUCCGGGUGUUCCAGGCCCGACUCCGCAUAUGGUCGUAUAUAAUCAUUUUGCUCCUGUUGGACAGUAUGGUCAGGUGGGCUUGAGUUUUAUGGGUGCAACAUAUAUACCUUCGGGAAAGCAAGGUGAUUGGAAAAAUAAUAUGUCGACAUCCUCUGCUGGACACAGUGGUGGUGAAGGUGACAUUAGUAAUGUGAAUGUGAGUAAUGUGCAGAGGGGUGGGCCCAAUAUGCCGCCGCCUAUUCAGCAUCUUGCCCCGGGGUCCCCGCUAUUGCCAAUGCGUCCCCCGAUGCACAUGUUUGAUGUAUCUCCAUUUCAGACUGCUCCUGAUUUGCCUGUCCAAGCUCGCUGGGGCCCAAUUCCUCCCUCACCAAUUCUCCCGGUCUCUCGACCACCACAAUCCCAAACAGAAAGCCUAUUGCCUCCUCAAGUCAACAACCCUGGAAAUCCUACGGACCAAUCCCAAGCCGCCAACAGAUUCAUCGAGUCCUCUUCCCCAAAACAGUCUAAUAACAAAAGCUCAAGUUUCAAGGUCUCCUCAGACUCCACCGUGGGCCCAUUUCCUUCUCAUCUCGAAGUCUCAGACCAACUAAGCUUCGACUCUCCUGCAUCUGUCAUCCAGACCUUGCCCGGUAGUUCAAAUCCCGAAUCUAUCAAGACUGAUACUGCCGAGAAUAGCAAACCUCAGAACACAAGGUGGGCUACUAUGGACGUAACCAGUCGAGUGGUGUGGAUAAAGGUUUUCAUACUUCAAAGAUUUAUGUGGCCAAACAGAACAGUGGCGCGUGUCCCACUGAUUGAGCUGGGAAUUACGUUGUGGAUGCGAAUUACGGAAGUUCGGUUGGUUGGUGCGGGGGAUCCUGCUGUUAAUAAUUUUACAGCAGGCUCUGCUGUGUUUGAUGGUGGCCGUUGGAUUAUAGGAUAA